AAUAAUCAUGACAGUGGCAGAUUGAAUUAAACUGAGUAACAGCACUGAUUGGCUUUGGUUUCGGACAAGUCUGCAGAAGUGCGUGUGAGGUACAGUAUGAGUUCAUGUGCUGCAAAGGUCCAAGGAUGUCUGCUGCAUUAAAUCCACAAAAGGUAACAUCAAGGCAGCAGUUUUUGGACUUUGUGUUCCACAUCCCUGCCCACGGUUCUCUAUAUAGUGGUCGGGCACAGCAGGACGGAAUCAGACUCAGUGCAGAAGGCUCACACACAGGUUCACAGAUAUAGCCAUGAAGUUGUUUGUGGUGCUUGCUCUUGUUGCUUUUACUGACUGCCAAGCCAAUGUUCUGAGGUCAGACGAACCCAAGCCACAACUGGAUCUGGUGAAAGAUGCAUUCUGGGACUACUUUGUCAAGGCAACAAAAAUAGUUCUAGAUACUCUGAAAACCAUUGGAAACUCUGCGUUUGGACAGCAAGUGAAUGAAAAGAUCACAGAAAGUGUGGAAGUGGCCAGCCAAUACAGAGCCAUAGUGCAGGAUCAAGUUGUCGUCUUUAGCCAUGAGUUACAUAAAAAGCUUUCUGAACAUGUGGAACAGCUGUCAGAGAGCCUGCAGCCGGAUAUAAAUGAAGUGACGGCCCAGCUGGAGCCCUUAACUGAGAAGCUGAGGGCCAACAUUCAGCAGCAGAUGCAGAAGGUGAGGCAGGUGCUGGACCCCUACACAGAGUCCCUGGACACAAGAGCCCUAGAGCGUGCCCUGCGACGGAUGCAUCAGAAGCUGAUACGCACCCUAUUUAUGAGUGUGGAUCAGCUGCUGUCCCACCUGCAUGACCAGCUGCGCCCCUCCACUAAGGAGCAGAAGAGGAAAGUGGAGGAGAGUGUGGGAGAGUUCAUGGAAUUUGUGUGGCCCCUGGACCUGGAAAAAAGACUCAUAAACGAGAUCUUUGACAAACUCGGGAUGGUUGACCGGACCCUGUACCCCUACGCUGAUAGCCUGAAGACAAAGCUCAAUCCCUACAUCCAGGGCCUCAAAUCCCAGCUCACCGCUCUCUGGGAGUCUUCUGCCAAUAGUGCCUAAGUGCAGGAGGAACCACUCCCUGCUCCCCUUAUCGAUUCGAACUGCCUGAAUCUCUCUGAGACUCCAAUAACGCAUGAUCAUCUUUUCUUGACACUCUCUUCCAGUACCUGUCAGCUAUUGAGUGGCUCUUUCUUACUUUUGCUGUACAAUUAACAAAUUAAAGACCCACAGCAGUUAUGAUGUGUAGAGUUGUCAUUCUUUUGUUCAGGAAGAGCUAGGAGAAUACUCUAAUACUGAAGCAAAACGUUUUACUUUUUUCAUGACUGCUUAGAUAUGUUUUUUUUACAUGUUCUGUAAAAAUUGAUGGAUGCUUUCUAACUUUCUGAAAUAAAGGCAAGAAAACGAAUCA